GUGACAUUCGUCCCAUAUACCAACCCCAAUACUCCGCUUAACCCUAGUCUAUACUACUUAUGUGGGACCCAUUCCAAGGACUAUACCAUUCUGUCACACCGGUAGUUGUCACAAGUACUGGUGAGUGGAAGAAUAUUAAUAUUACAUAUCGGAACUCCAAUGCGCAUGAUCCAAAGGCUCAGCUCUAUUACACCCUAUAAAGCACGAAAUUUCCUCAAGUGGGCCAGUCGUACAGAACUCGCAAAAUCAGAAUGACGUAUUGUCUGUCGCACCUGGCUACUAAAGCAUUGUGGCCAGUAGUUAUUUUAAUCUUUCAGGUGUGGCAGGCAAGAUGUAAUGGACAGACUGCUGGUGUCAAUCCGUUUAGUGGAUGCCAGUCUAACGUCACAACACAUGAAAACGGUUCGACGGCAGCCGAAGUCAGAGUUGGAGUUGUCCCUACUGUACAGCUGGGAAAUGCAUUAGGACUGAUCGUCGGAUUUGGAGUAUUUGCUGCUUUGGUAGCACUGGCUUUCUCCCUGGUGCGGCGGUUCGUGUAUCAUGACGCUGAUAAUUUGGAUACGGCAUUCGAUGCGGGCGGAAAGGUAUCAAUUGGAUUGACAGCUACAACUAUUGUGUCACAAUGGACGUGGUCGGCAACCUUGUUACAGUCAGCCACAGUCGCAAGCAAGUACGGGAUAAGCGGACCAUUCUGGUAUGCAGCUGGAGCCACAAUCCAGGUUAUUCUCUUCGCCAUCCUUUCAAUUGAGCUCAAAACUAAAGCGCCUGGCGCAAAGACAUUUCUACAGGUCAUCAAAGCUCGAUUUGGAACAACCACCCAUGUGACUUUCUGUGUAUUUGCUGGCUUCACAAACCUCGUGGUAACGGCGUCGUUGCUGUUGGCCGGCACUGCGGUCCUCACCAGUUUGGUCCAGGGUCUAAGCCUGGAGUUGGCCUGCAUGAUUCUGUCGGCUGUCAUAGGGGCCUACACCCUUAUUGGUGGGCUAGGAGCUACUUUUUAUGUCUCUUACUUCAACACUACCCUGAUAUUCUCAAUGCUGCUUCUCCUGGUGAUCGAAGUGUACUACAACCCGUAUGAAAAUUCGAGAAACCCCAUUGGAAGUUCAUCGAAAAUGUACCAAUUCCUGGACUGUAUCAAUGGUCCAAGUGGCAACGAAGAAAACAGUUAUCUGACCUUUAUAUCCAGCGGAGGCUUGAUGUUUGGUAUCAUCAACAUAGUUGGUAACUUUGGCGCUGUAUUUUGUGAUCAGUCCUACUGGCAGAGCAGCAUCGCAGCCAAACCCAUUCAAGGAGUGUGGGGGUUCAUCUCCGGGGGAUUGACGUGGUUCGCUAUUCCUUUCACCAUGGCCACCACGAUGGGAUUGUCCUAUCUCGCCCUCUCGGCAGAUUCCGGCCAGGCAUUGCUGACUCCAACGCAAAUAGAUCAAGGCCUCGUUCCACCUCUCGUUGCACAGAAACUGCUGGGCACAGCUGGCGAGUUUGUCAUGCUGAUGUUGAUUCUGAUGGCGGUGAUGUCCACAGGUUCUGCAGAAGUUAUCGCUGUAGCUUCCAUCAUUAUAUAUGAUAUCUAUAAAACUUACAUUAAUCCAUACAGGAAAGACAUCCCUGAAAGCCACUGUGUCCUGUGCGGAAAAGACAUGACGCAUGAAUGCACGUGCAUUCCCGUCACCCAGUGCAGCGCGUGCCAUGAGGAUGUCCACGAGGCACACUCCACACACAAGUUGGGUGUCAAACCGUUCAACAAGUGCACAACCCAUGGGCUGUACCGUGAAUACUUGGCAAUGCUGCUGAACUAUAAAAGUUGGUGUAUCCUCUGGGUGACUGCCUUCACUAUUCCGUUGGUGCUUCUCUGCAACGCCGCCAGUCUCAAUCUCAGCUGGCUUUACUUGUUCACCGGUGUUUUAAUCGGCUCCACCGUCAUCCCAAUUAGUCUGUCUAUCACUUGGUCCAGGAUUAACGCGCCAGGGAUGGUAUCAGGUGCCGUUUGUGGAUGCAUCUUGGGGUUAGGCUCAUGGCUUGUAACGGCCUCUCAACACGAAGGUGGACUGAGUGACUUUAUCCAAAAUACCGGCAAAGAAGACAGCAUGCUCGUAGGCAACUGUGUAGCUAUCGGAUCUGGAGGGAUAAUCUGCAUCGUAGUCAGUCUCAUCACAAACAGGCGGUUCAAAAGUGAAGACGCUGUCAAAGAAUGGGAGAAGACGCGCAACGUUGACAACCCGCUCAAUCCGUGGGUUCACCUGUACGAAGAUCUACCCAGGGAGAAAAAAGACGAGCGACCAUCCCACGAAGAAUUCUUGAAGAUCUUCCGCAGCGCAAAGAUCACCGCCUACGUAGCUGGCAUAAUCUUGUCUGUUGUUCUCAUCAUCAUAUGGCCGGCCAUAAUGGCAGGGUUGAGGGUGUUGAAUGAAACCAUGUUCAUUGGUUGGGCCUAUGUGUCGCAGGUGUGGGCCUUCCUGGCAGCAGCUUUCAUUAUCAGCGUCCCACUGGUCCAGGAAAUUUGGGGUAUAUGGAGGCAGUAUAAACGCAACAAGGUGAAAGACAUGCAGGAGGAAAAAUACGCCGUACCUCCGCAAACUAAACUGUAGUAGUUGAGCAUUGGUACGUUGAUUUUCACACAUUCAGACAAAACCGAAAUAAGUUUAAAAUUAUUACAACGAAGUUAAAAUGUAGAUAAAUCCAUUACUAACGAAUGUAAAUAACUAGUAUUAGAACAAGAUGAAGCCAAACUAAGACUAAACAUUCGAUGGGAUUUCCAAAAUGAAAAGUACACUAAGCGUUCCAUAUCAUGGUGUCAAAUUUUUCAGUAACUUCAGAUGGAUGAGUUUUUUUGCUUGACUUAACUUGGUGGGGGG